GUCAUCACAUCGCGACGAUCUUCUGCACGCGCUGUGCUGCUGAAGGAUCUGGAAGUUUCUGGUUUCGAGCUCGUGUGUUUAUAAUAACGGAGCGGCGUUCAUACACAUCAACAUUGCUGCUAGAUACCUAAGACAUACAUCAUUAUUACAAGAUGGCAGAAGGCAGGGGUAACAGGCGUCAGCCCCAUAAUUUGCAGGGUGUGCUUCAGAUGGCUGUGGAGGCCGGUUCUGCUUCUGAUGGUCCGGCUCCUUUAGAGCCCAUGACACAGGAGAGAAUGGAGUUUUUGAGAGGAGCCCUCGCCGACGUGUGUAAAGGUCAGAUGGAUGAGGUUGAACAGAUGAAACGCUGUUUGGAAGUGUUGGGAAGAGAUGAAUGCAAAGAGAGAGGGAGUGAAAAAGAUGUGGAGGAGGAAGACGAAAGAGAGGAAGCACUGGAGGUGCUGUCUGAGCUCUGCGAGAAUCUGGACAACGCAAGAGAUCUGAUGAAGUUGGGCGGUCUGGAUUUCUGUAUGGCACAAUGUCUCUGUCACUCGGAAGCGGGGAUUCGAUGGAGAGCCGCUCAGCUCAUCGCCAGCUGUGCCCAGAAUAUGCCUGAGGUGCAGUGCUACCUGCUCAACCAGGGGGCGCUAUUGUCACUACUAAAACUUACGGAUCACGACACAAACAGCACAGUUCGAGUUAAAGCACUCUACGCUGUAUCUUGUUUAGUACGGGAACAGGAAGCAGGUCUGCAGGAUUUCCUGAAACAUGACGGCUUUUCAGUGCUGAUGAGAGGAAUGCAGUCAGACAGUGAGAAACUAAGAACUAAAUCAGCAUUUCUUCUCCUCAACCUUCUGACCAGUCACCCAGAACACAAAGAUACAGUGUUGUCUAUGGGGAUGGUGCAACAGCUGGUGGCAGUUCUCCGAACCCCUCUUUCCUCUGUUCAUGAACACGUCCUCGGCACCCUCUGCUGUUUGGUUGAAGACUGUCCCCGUGGUGUGAGUGAUUGUAGAGACCCAUCACUGGGUUUGGAAGAGCUGCUUAACCAGCGAGUGCAGGACCUAAAGGGACGAGAGGAGAGCCUGGAGGAGCUGGAAUUUUGUCAACGUCUACGAGCAGCUUGUUUCCAAGGAAAACCUCUAGAGGACAAUGGAAUGGAUCGCUGAGAUCUUAUUGCUGGUCAAUAAUUGUUCCUGCCACGCAGUGAUGAGUUACACCAAAAGAGCAACCAGACCUGUAUUUCCUCUCUAUUUAAGAGAGACAGAGUAGA